CAAUAGAUUAAUCAUGCAUGCCUAGUUUUUUUGGCGACCAGCUUGUACACAGGGGGAGAGAGGGCUGCCUCUGUGUGUUUCCUCUCAGCUAUGGGCUCUUCUGGAAGAUGGAUGCUCUGGACCCUGUGUGUGUGUUUCACUGCUCUGGAGAAUGUUGCACUCAGAGUAACCAUGAGGGAAUCCAAUCUUGAGGUGGUUCGAGGGGAUGUUGUCAUCCUGCCCUGCUCCUUCUUCACCUCCAGCCCUCUCUCCAGACUCAACGUUAUCUGGACUCUGGCUCCCUCCUCCAGUCCAGAAACACCAAUACAGGUGAUAACGUACGAUCAUGGACAGGUGAUUGAAGACCCUUCCCUCAUCGGUAGAGUGGGUUUUACAGGUAUUCCCUGGAGUGCAGAUAUCGUCCUGAAUGACACACGUGUAUCAGAUGCUGGCACUUACCGCUGCAUGGUCAAUAACCCACCAGAGACGGCAGACCCCGGCAUAGGAGAGCUGGAGCUCAGUGUUCUGGAACCACCUUCGCUGCCUGUGUGUCAGUGGGAUGGAGAUAUCGAUAUGGGAGGAAGUGUCACGCUGUCCUGCUCGGUGGUGGAGGGCGUCCCCACUCCGGAGAUCCGCUGGGAUAAACUGAAUCCAGAGGAAAUUGCACUUCCCAUCAACAUGGAGGGAGAUCUGUCAGGCUUUGUCCAGAUUGUCAAUGUAUCAUCUCAGACGUCCGGCCUGUAUCGCUGCUCUGCCACUAACCUCCUGGGAACAGAAAACUGCUACGUCAACCUGUCCAUCUACUCCACCUCAGACAGUUCCUCAGGCAUACUGCAGGGUGUGCUGCUCACCUUGUCCAUGAGCUUGGUGCUGCUGGCGCUGCUGGUCCUCGUGCUGUGGCUCCAUCGCACAGGACAGGAUGGGAGGUGGAGGGAGGGGAAAGAAGAUGAUGAGGACGAGUGUUACAAUGAGAUACGCUAUACUCCGUCUCUGAUGAAGCGCUCGUUUGUUUGAUUUCUCAACAUCUACAGGAAUUUUUAAAAAACAGAAAGGCUCCUACUUGGGUCUCAAACAAAGACCUCCAAGACUCUUUGUUUUAAUUAGAUAACAGAUUUUUUAUGGUGUAGCCAGUGCUCCCUGCAUACUACUCUACCUACUGUACAGCAUCACACAUUUUGAAAUAAAUGCCCAAGUUUCAAAAA